AUGGUCCAUCUGAAGCGGUUAGAGGAUUUGGUUUCUGCCACUAAAGCUAAUGGAGUCCCCGAGGACUACCUUUUCUGCAAGCUCUUCAAGUACUCACUGGCUCGAGAAGCUUUGCACUGGCUAAAGCAGUUACCACCAAGAUCUCUCACAUCCUGGGCCGACAUCAAGAAUGCGUUCCUGCGCAAUUUCUUUGAUGAAUCACUAGCGGAGGAGUUAAGGAGCAAGAUUGCUACAUUCACUCAGGAGCCUCCAAAGUCUUUCAGAAGCACCUGGAUCAGAUUCAAGUCCUAUCAGAGAAACUGUCCACACCAUGGAUUCAACGAAGUGCAGCUGCUCAGCACUUUCUUCAAAGGCAUCGCGCUGGCAUAUCAGAUGGCUCUAGAGACAACUAAUGAAGAGAAUUUCAAUACUGGAAAUCCAGAAGAGGUUGUGAGACUGAUUGAUAACUUGGCAUCUAGCAAUAGCACUAAGAACACUGAUUUUGAGAGAAGAAAAUUGGCCACUUUAGGAAAGGAGGAGUUGGACGAUGUUCAAGCUAAGCUGGAUAGUGUUCACAAGCUUCUUAAGAAGCAAGUUAGCUUUUCAGAAGAUAUGGAAGGUGUAGAGAUAAACGGUGAUGGAGAUCUGGAAGAAAAUGUGAACUUCAUCAGUUGUACAGGUUUUCCGAAUCAGAAGCCUUGGAAUCAGAAGCAUGGGAAUCAAAAUGGAUACAGAAACUGCUAUGGGAAUAUACAGAGGAGUAACUUCAACCAUAAUUCACAGUUCGAGAAACCAUACAACAACAACAACAGGAGCUAUGGAAAUUCGUCCUAUCAGAAUGUGUCACUACAGACUAGAGAGAGCAAGAUAGAAGCAAUGAUUGAUCAAGUUCUUGAGGGUCAGCAGAAGCUUAUGGUGAAUUUCAAUGGGAAGAUAGAUGUUGUCUACACUGAGCUGAAUGCAAAGUUUGAGACUUUGAACACACAUGUGAAGAAGUUAGAGACACAAGUGGUUCAGACAAGAGAAGCUGUUAAGAAGCAAGAAACUUUCAUCAAGGGUAAUGAAGCACUGAAGUACCACGUGAAUGCUAUCAUAGAAGAUGAUUUCUAG